AUGGGAAAAGGAGUAAUAGAUGUAGGAGAAGCUAAACCAUAUUUUGCAGUGGUGAUAUUCACAGUCUCACUCAUCAUUAUAUGUUCAAGAAAUUUUAAAUGGAUGCCAAUUGGUAGAGCUGCAACUGCUCUUGUUGGUUCUGUAAAUAUCAAAAAUAAUACUAUUAAUAUACCUGCAGAGGAAAUAGGGAGUGUUGUCAAUUGGGAUACAUUGAUAUUAUUAAUGUCAAUGAUGAUGUUGUGUAAUUAUAUGGAAAGAGCCAAUGUUUGGGACAUGGCUUCAAAGAUGUUGUUGUACAAGUGUCGAUCGAGUGUAGAAUUUAUGGUGCGAGUAUGUGCAAUCAGUGCAUCGAUGAGUGCCGUCUUGACAAACGAUACUGUAUGUGUCACUAUUACACCCAUUAUUAUACAAGCUUGCAAGUCUACCAAUCUACCAUUAUUCCCAUACCUCAUGGCAAUUGCUACGAGUGCCAACAUUGGCAGUGCAAGUCUGCCAGUUGGAAAUCCACAAAAUAUGAUCAUUGCAACUGCCUCUGGUGUCAAGUUUACCCUAUUUUUCAAAGUGUCCAUCGUUUCAAGUCUAAUUGGUGUCGUCAUCAAUACUGCACUACUCUAUCUAUACUUUAGAAAAGAGUUGUCUCGUCAUCAAUUAAAUUCCACCACUCCAGCCAUCGCUGAAUUGUACUAUAGUCAAGAUUUAAAUCAUAAAUUUAUUGAAAUGAAAGAACAAGAAGAAGAAACAGAAAAUAUCCAACUUCCUACCAAUAUUCCAAUUGAUUCUCCUUCAAUUCAAGUUUUAAUUGAUGAACAACAAGAAGAAGAGGAAGAAGAGAUGGAAAUUAAUUUAAAUCAUUCAAUGAAUCAUCUUUCAAAUAGUCGUGGUAGUGUCACAGGUAUUCAUAUUGACAAUAUAAAGAAGAAUAAGAAUCGAAUAGAAACCAUUAAAGAUCAAUUAAAAUAUGGAUUUAUAUUGAUUGAUAGAUAUAAAGCAGGAUGGAUAUCAAUAUUAAUUUUGGUUGGUUUUUUUGUUGGAUUUCAUAUGGGAUUUACAGUCAUGAUGGGAGUAUCUAUAUUAAUCCUUUUAGAGAGAAGGGAUAUUACAGAGGUACUCAAAUCAGUUGAUUGGGAAUUACUCGUAUUCUUUGGUGGACUAUUUAUCUUGGUCGAUGGUUUUGAUCGAGAGUUUUCAUCAUAUGCAUGGGAUUUGGUUGAACCAUGGGUUCCACUUACACCAAACGCCUUGAAAAUAUUUAUCUUUACCGUCAUGGUCAUGAUAUGUAGUAAUAUCUUGGGUAAUGUUCCACUCGUACUUGCACUAUGUCCAAGAUUCCUAGAAGCUUCUGCUCCUCCUUUUACAUGGUUACUUUUGGCUUUUGUUUCAACUGUUGCUGGUAAUCUAAUAGUAUCUGUUGGUGUUCCAUUAGUUGUAUUACUUUCCAAUUUAUAA